AUGAACGGAACCGAUUCAACCCUCUCAUUUUUAACAUUUUGUAACGUCAUCGACGGGGCUUCAGCUACCACCACGGAAACUCGACAUGGCAUCAACCCGUCCACUCUUGAAGCUAACCCUGAAGUCCCAAUCUCACAGCCUGAAGAUGUAGAUCGAGCAGUUAAGUCAGCGAGAAAGGCGUUUGGGACAUGGCGUCUUGUGCCGGAAGAGGAUCGCAGGAAGGCCGUGGCUGCAUUCGCAGCUUCGCUUGGCGAGCACUUACAGGAUUUCGCCACGAUGCUUGUCAAGGAGCAGGGCAGACCUAUGUGGGGUGCGCAAAUGGAGGUAUCUGCUUCUGUUGAUCGGCUUGCGGCUACGGCCAAGAUUCCACUGCCAGAGACCGUGGUUGAAGACACCGAAAAACGUCAAAUCGUAACCAGAUAUACGCCUUUAGGGGUCGUGUGUGCCAUUGUGCCUUGGAACUUUCCCAUCAAUCUAGCCUGUACCAAGCUCGGAGCUGCCCUGGUAGCCGGUAAUGCCAUCAUACUGAAGCCAUCCCCUUUCACUCCUUACUGUGGUCUGAAGCUUUGCGAGCUCGCUCAGCGAUUCUUCCCGCCUGGGGUAGUCCAAUGCCUCAGUGGCGACGAUAGGCUCGGUCCAUGGCUGACAGCACAUCCUGGCAUUGACAAAAUCAGUUUCACAGGCUCGUCUGAGACUGGUAGGAAGGUUAUGGAAAGCUGCAGCAGAGGCUUGAAACGUGUCACUCUUGAGUUAGGCGGAAAUGACGCUGCCAUUGUUUUCCCAGACGUUGACGUCGCGUCGACCGCCACAGCAAUUGCCCAAACAUGUCUCUUCAACACGUCUCAGGUCUGCCUAACGAUCAAACGUAUUUAUAUUCAUACGGAUAUCUACCCUCAGUUCCUCCAAGCUUUCCGAGCGGUGGUUGAAUCCUUCAAGCCUAGUGACGGCUUUGCUGAAAGCGCUCUUCUGGGACCUAUCCAAAACGAAACACAGUUCAAGAAGAUCCAAAACAUGGUAUCGGAAGUGAGAUCGGCAAACCUCAAGAUAUUCUCCGGUAACACAUCACCUGCCACGACCGGCAAGGGGUAUUUCAUUGCCCCCGUCGUGGUGGACAACCCGCCUGAUGAUGCACCCGUGGUCACUCAAGAGCCUUUCGGACCCAUUAUUCCGCUUCUCACCUGGUCGGACGAGGAAGAUGUCAUUCAGCGAGCCAAUGACAGCAAGCUUGGUCUUGGGGCAUCUGUGUGGACACUAGAUCUUGACCACGGAGCGAAGGUAGCCAGACGUUUGGAGGCAGGAAGUGUUUGGAUCAACAAUCAUAUGGAUCUCGGUUCCAGUGCACCGUUUGGAGGCCACAAAGAGUCUGGUUUCGGGGUCGAGGGGGGACUCGCGGGAAUCAUCGGUUACUGCAGCUCGCAGACACUCUAUGUUCCCAAGAAAUAG